CCCUCUAGAAACCCCAACACUCUUCCUCUCUCUCUGGCUGUUGUGUCCUCCUCUCCUCAGCGUAAUUCUCUUUCUACAUGCCCAUUCCGCUAAACUCUUUAAAGUGUAUUAAACGAAGCUACAUUUGCGUUUUUUUUUGUGAUGGCGGGUGGAGGGAAACAUACUCUUACUCCAAAGGCAAUCAUACAUCAGAAGUUUGGUGCUAAUGCAAUCUAUACAGUUGAGGAAGUUAAUGACUCUGCUCAGAGUGCUUGUCCAGGAUUAGCAAUACCUCAAAAAGGACCAUCUCUCUUUAGAUGCCACUUGCAGCUACCAGACUUUUCUGUUGUUUCAAAUGUCUGCAAGAAGAAGAAAGAUUCAGAACAGUCUGCUGCUGAACUUGCUCUCGACAAGCUAGGGUUCCGUCCUCAGAAUGAUGAUCUUACCGUGGAUGAAGCUUGGGAUGAUCUCGUUGGACGCAUUAAGUAUAUAUUUUCUGAUGAGUUUCUUUCAGCUGAUCAUCCUCUGGGAGCUCACCUUAGAGCUGCAUUGCGAAGGAACGGUGACUGUUGCGGCUCGGUUCCUGUUUCUGUAAUUGCUACGUUUGAUUCAAAGAUCAACAGUCGUUGUAAAAUCAUCAAUCCUUCUGUGGAAUCAGAUCCGUUCUUGGUCGUUUCCUGUGUCAUGGAGGCUGCUGCAAAGUUGCGGGACUUCAUUGUUGCAUCUCCGCAUGAAGCUUCACUCCGAAGGAAAAAUCCAUACCCUCCAGCAGUUGUAGAAGCAUUAGCUACUCAAGUAUCUGAUUCCGUAGAUAGCAGAAAAGUCAAGGCUGUGUAUAUACCAUGUAAGGGUGAGGAGAUUGUUGAGUUGGAUUCUGUCGAUGUUUCCUCGGGCCGGUAUUACUUGGAUAGUAUUGCUGAAAGGCUCUGCUUGAAGAAUGGCAACCAAGUGAUGAUAUCCAGGACACUUGGCAAAGCUUCAUGUGGCUCUGAGUGUAGAUUGUACUCUCCUAUUACUAAAUUCAAGUCCUCAGAAGUCUCUGGAAGCUCAAGUGAAGAAUCAUCUCGUCGGAAUGCAAGAGCAAGUUACAUUUGUGGUCAAGAGAUUCACGGGGAUGCAGUCUUGGCAUCUGUUGGUUACCGAUGGAAGUCCGAGGAUCUUGACUUUGAUGAUGUAACUGUAAAGUCAUUUUACAGGAUAUGUUGCGGUAUGUCACCCAAUGGCAUCUACAAAAUCUCCAGACAAGCAGUACUUGCUGCUCAGUUACCUGCUUCAUUCACUACAAAGUCUAACUGGAGAGGUCCGUUCCCCAGGGAGAUUCUCUCCAUGUUCUGCCACCAGCACAGACUAGCAGACCCCGUCUUUGCUAUCUCUACAGCUCCUGUGAAAUCGUUGGCUGACGUAUACAGAUCUCACAAGAAUUUGAAGGUCUCGGGAGGAUCUGAUGAUGCAGACGAUGAGAAUUUAAGUAAGGAAAAAGAGGAUGCACCAGGAUUAGGGAAUGGUUUCAGAUGUGAAGUGAAAGUUCUUACAAAGUCCCAGGGUCUGGUUUUGGAGUGUUCACCGAAAAAGUUCUAUGAGAAGGAGAACGAUGCUGUUCAGAAUGCUUCGUUGAAAGCUCUCUUAUGGUUUAGUAAGUUUUUCGAUGAUAUGGAUGUUGUUGGAUCAGAUUCAGAUGAUGAAGAGGAUAUCAAAUCUCCAAGCACUACUCAUGCUUUUACAAUCCCACCAAACCUCGGAAAUGGAGACAGCUCAAGGACCAAAAACGUGCCAUCGGUAGAAGAGAAGCGUGUUCCCUCUAUAACAAACGGUUCUGUGGUUAGCAUCUGCUAUUCUUUGUCUUUGGAAGUGGAUCCUGAGUUUUCGACUGAUGGAGAAGUCAGGGAAGGCAACGAAGAAGAUAUGGAGUCCGAGGAGGAUGCUGAAUAUUAUGAGCCAUCAAUAGAUCUCAUUGAAAGCCAUGAAGAGAUAGAGUUUGAGAUUGGGACUAAAGCCAUGAACCCACUUAUUGAAACAGCUGUUACUCAGAUGACUGUGGGUGAAUUUGCUUCUUUCAAUGCUACACUCUUUGCUGCUGCCGAAGCAUUGAUUCUGGCUGCUUCCAGCGAUACUGCAAGGACACGCUACCUCCUAUCAAAACAUCCACAGUUGGUUUACAGUAUAAUUCUGUUGGGAGUGAAAGGGCCUAGUGAAGAGCGAAUGGAGGCUGCUUUUUUCAAACCGCCACUUUCAAAACAGCGUGUGGAAUAUGCAGUUAAACAUAUAAAAAAUUCAUCUGCUUCUACUUUGGCUGACUUUGGAUGCGGUUCUGGUAGUUUAUUAGACUCUCUACUUGACUAUCCAACAACACUUCAAACCAUUAUUGGCGUUGACAUCUCACCGAAAGGUCUUGCCCGUGCUGCUAAGAUGCUACAUGUAAAAUUAAAUAAGGAAGCUUGCAACGUCAACACUGCGACGCUUUAUGAUGGUUCCAUCCUCGAGUUCGACUCCAGGCUGUAUGACCUUGACAUUGGCACUUGCUUAGAGGUUAUUGAGCACAUGGAAGAAGAUCAAGCCUGUGAGUUUGGUGAAAAGGUUCUAAGCUUGUUUCGCCCGAAGCUUCUGAUAGUCUCAACACCAAACUUCGAGUACAACACAAUUCUCCAGCGGUCUACUACACCAGAAAACCAAGAAGAAAACAAAUCUGAGUCACAGCUUCCCAAAUUCAGGAACCAUGACCACAAAUUCGAGUGGACAAGGGAACAGUUUAACCACUGGGCUACUAAACUUGCGGAACAUCAUAACUACAGCGUCGAGUUCAGUGGUGUUGGUGGGUCUGGUGAAGUAGAACCAGGGUUUGCUUCUCAAAUAGCUGUGUUUAAACGGGAAGCUUCAGCUGUUGAGAGUGUAGCAGAAGGACAGCCUUAUAAAGUCAUAUGGGAAUGGAAGAAAGGCAAUGGAGAAAAGAAAGACUGAUUGGAUCUUUUGGAUUAGUAGAAGAUUUUGCAAGCGAUGUGAUGAUGUGUUCAUCUAUAUAUAAAAACUCAAAAGCUUGUUUUAGUUCUUUUGCCUUAGCUUCCGUAGAUUAACCCAUGGUGUGUUGUUUACUGUCUCUAGUCUAGUCUACUGAAAAUGAUGGGAACUAAACUACCAUUUUGGCCCAGCAAGUAUGUUUAUUUAUAUUAAAGUCCCUGAACUUGUUAUCAUUGU